CCUCCCCUCCCUGCACUAUAGGAUAUUUAUUUUCAUUUCAGGGAUUGAGAACUUAUAGAUGAGAGGUGAAGACAAAAAAAAAGAUCGCGCGUCAUGUGUCAGCGGCUGCUUGGAUGUGCGUCGUUUGCGCUCGGAGGAGGAGACGCGCGCACCGUGUUAAGGUGUCCGCACGCCAUUUAAGACCGCACCUGCAUGGGAGACAAGCGGACUUUUCCGGCAGCUAGGAGUGGAAAUCUCAGUGUGAUAUAGGCUGUUCUGACGUCUGCAUCAGCUAUCAGCCACUUGCUUUCCUCCCCCCCUCCUUCUCCCCAACGUGCAUGACUUUGCGCUGAUCUCCAUCAUCAUCUGCAGCAGCGACAAGGGGGGAAACCGAGGGGGAAUGAAGAUUUAAUUUUUCUUUCUUUCUUUUUCUUUUCUUUUUUUGCUCCGAAGAAAUCGGCUUUGACCGACUGCGCGUCUGGCGGUGCUGCUGCGGCCGCAACCAUGCCUCUGGUGCACACUUGGACCGGGAAAUUCCAUCCUCCGAUUUGAUCCCCGACACUUGCUGCCUGAUUCCGAGCACCGCUUUUUUUAUUUUGAACUUAUCGGGCGUACCGCUGCUUUGAGUAAGAUGUCUGAUCUACUGGUGCUGGUCGAGGGGCUCUGUGACCUGCACGGAUUUCCAUAGCGGGGGGCCAAUUCUUCAGAUUUUUGCCACCGAGAAGCCUACUUGAAGACGUCGCAUGCGUAGAUGUAGGCUCCUUCCUUCUGUUCCCAUCGCCCGUUUUUAGUUUGUGCAUUGUGCGGGAGGGACCACUGGACUGGUUGGAUUAUAGAUACUGGAAAUAAGGAUUUGUGGAGAUGUUGGGUCGUCAGGAAGAUAAAUUAUGUGGAAUUGUCUCAGCUCUGGCGGCUUUGUCCUUCGCAUGCUUUGUUCAAAGCUCCACUGGAAGUACUGGAAUGUCUGUGGCCAAGACCACCGUGGACAAGUUGCUGAAGGGAUAUGACAUCCGUUUAAGGCCUGAUUUUGGAGGUUCUCCAGUCAUUGUUGGGAUGAGCAUCAACAUAGCGAGCAUCGAUUCCAUCUCAGAAGUAAACAUGGACUAUACCAUCACAAUGUAUUUCCAGCAAAGUUGGCGAGACAAGCGUUUGGCCUACGGAGAGCUGAACCUCAACUUGACGCUGGAUAAUCGUGUAGCAGAUCAGCUUUGGCUCCCCGACACCUACUUCCUUAAUGACAAGAAGUCCUUCCUGCACGGGGUGACGGUCAAGAACCGAAUGAUCCGACUGCACCCCGACGGCACUGUCUUGUACGGGCUGAGAAUAACCACCACUGCGGCUUGCAUGAUGGACCUGAGGAGGUACCCCCUUGAUGAACAGAACUGCACCUUGGAAAUUGAAAGCUACGGAUACACCACAGAUGACAUUGUGUUCUUCUGGCAAGGAGGGGACAGUGCUGUGACGGGGGUCGACAAGUUGGAGUUACCUCAGUUCUCCAUUGUGGACAUACGCUUGGUGUCCAGGGAUGUCAGGUUCAGUACAGGUUCUUAUCCCAGGCUUUCGCUGAGUUUCAGGAUUAAGAGGAACAUUGGCUAUUUCAUCUUGCAGACAUAUAUGCCCUCCAUCUUGAUCACCAUUCUUUCUUGGGUCUCCUUUUGGAUCAAUUAUGAUGCCUCUGCAGCUCGGGUGGCCCUGGGUGUGACCACGGUGCUCACCAUGACGACAAUUAACACCCACCUGAGGGAGACUCUCCCAAAGAUCCCCUACGUGAAAGCCAUCGACGUCUACCUCAUGGGCUGUUUUGUGUUUGUGUUCCUGGCCCUGCUCGAAUAUGCCUUUGUAAAUUAUGUGUUCUUUGGCCGGGGCCCGGCACAACAGAAGCAAUUCAACGAGAGGCUCAACAAAGUCAACAAUGAGCGCACAAGAUACGAGGAGAAGCGCCUGAGGGAACAGGACUCCAUUUCCGUGCCGUUUCAAACCAACACCUUCAGGUCAUUUACACAGCGAAGAAAUCUGUAUCUCGAAGAACAAAGAAAAGUUGGGGUGGAUGCGUACGGCAACAUUCUCCUCACCACUCUGGAGAUGAACAACGAAGUGAUGCCUUCUGACGUGGGAAGCAGCGUUAGUGACUCUCGGAAUUCAGUCAUGUCCUUUGACAGCUCCGGGGUCCAAUUCAGGAAGCCCAUGGCACCCCGAGACGGCUUCAGCCACCACUCUCUGGAUCGGAGCGCUAUGCGGAGCCGGGCCAACUGUCGUCUACGGCGACGCUCAUCCAAGCUCAAGUUAAAAAUCCCAAACCUGUCAGAUGUAAGCACCAUUGACAAGUGGUCCCGGGUCAUAUUCCCCAUCACUUUUGGAUUUUUCAACCUAAUUUACUGGUUAUACUAUGUGAAUUGAUGUGCAUCCCACUAGGAAUCAUGGGCCAUAUUUUGAGAGCACAUUAAAUUGGCUUUGAUACAGUUCCAAAAUAUGUAUACACAUAUACAGGUUGAACAUAUGUAUAUGCAUAUUUCUAUACAGUAUAUUAUAUUUCUAUAUACACACACGUGAAACCUGAGGGACUUUUCUGCUGUACAAAGUAUUAAUAGGAUGACUUGAAUGUUUCCAAAUAAUUGAGAGAAGAAUUUCAAGGCUUUGAGUUCCUUUUUCCUCCUGAAACAAACAAAUGAACAAAAACGAGAUCCCAGCGGGGAUUUUUGGAACUAAAGACUGCAUGAUAUUUUUGCUACAAAAAAAUGGGGAGAAAAAAAAGAAGAAAAAGAAGAGAAGCUCUUGAAGGAGAGAAGAUACCCCCCCCCCCCCAUUGACUUUUUAACGAUUCUUGUAAUCAGAAAUCCUCUACUGCACCCCCCCCCCCCCCAACCCCCACCCAUGUAGCCCAUGGAUACCAGGUGCACGGGAAUCUCCGGUUCCAACCUGUACAGCAACCUUGCCUCCUUCUUUAUUUUCUUGCUAUUUCCACAUCUUUUUGGAAGUUGUAGCGUUCUCUUGAUCAGACAUCGACGACGGGAUGCUUGACCGUCACAUUUGUGCAUCGGAGUCGACGCAAACUUCAAGCUGUUUUCAGGAAAAUGUCCUCAAGCUAGGAGGGUUGGGGGGGCGGGGGGUUAGGGGUCUGCUACGGUUCCAAACAAGUGCUGAUUAUUGUAGAUAUGAUUUUGUCUUGACAAAUACUGUGAUUUCAAGGAGCGUGGGAACGUGUUCUAGAGCUAGGGCAUUAAGGUUUGCAUACUCGUGUUGAUUGUCUGGGGAGACAAAAGAAAAGCGUGUACAUUUAACUCAUUGAAAGUAUAUUUGUACUGUUUAUUUCCUCCUGUCAACUGAGUCUCUUUAGAUGCAGCGUUCAUGAACGUCAUAUCCUUCUGUGUUUGCAAAAGGAAGUGGGGGCGGGAGGGGGCCGGGAAGGGGGUGGCGUGUUGCUUUUUGUGAUUUCUUCAAACGUAUCCACGCUAAAGAUGUGUGAAUUAUGUAUAUUCAAAAGAGUCAACCUAUCAGGCCGCAGUUUCGUAGUCGUCACGCUUUAUCGUCCGUUGGGGAUUUCUUCAGUGUUGGACGAGAAGAGCUCGUCAUGGCUGGAGUGGAAACAAAAACCACAAAACCCACAAAUCGAACUCUCACUUGAAGCAUGUGUAAAUGAGAACGGCAGUAAGACCGUAAUUCCAACGCAGUAUUUAUUACUUCAAAUACUUGUUGUCCCUGCAUAAGAAAUGAAAAGAGUGCAUUGAAGAAUUGAAAUGGCGAGAUAUUCUAGAGAGUAGAUGACAAAAUGGCAAAAGUAUGCUAGUCAGCAGUCACAUUAUAAGGAGAUGGGCAGACACGACCGCUACAUGGACAAAAGUAUUGGGACACCAAUGAUAGCUAACUCCGUAGGUUUCUCUGAUCUACUUCAUCCCAACGUUAAUUGAUGGGGUUGAGGUCUGGGUUCUGUGCGAGUUCCGCCCCCCCCUGCCAAACUCAUCCAAGCGUGCAUUUACGGACCUCGCUUUGUCAUGCUAGUAAGUCGUGAUGGGAAACGUCACUCCUUUUACUGACUCAAGAUCUUACAGGUCAAUUACUGAAGUGAAUCAGGUACUCCAUUCAGUGGAGGCCUUUCUCACAUGAUAGAUGGUAGAUGCUCAGGGGCACCUGUGAGUCAGUGGCACUCGAGUCUUCCUCGAGCACCAUUGAGUCAGUGAUCUGUCAUUCUUUGUAGAGGACCCGCAAGUCAGUCAAACUCCAGUCUUCAGGAGUACCUGACUCAGUAAAACUAGUCUUUGUGGGCUACCGGUGAGUCAGUGAAGCUCAAGUCUUCGUCAAGUACCCUGGGUCAGUGAUCUGUCAUUCUUUGUAGAGGACCCGCAAGUCAGUCAAACUCUAGUCUUUGUCGAGGACCUGUGAGUCAGUCAAACUCCAGUCUUCAGGAGUACCUGACUCAGUAAAACUAGUCUUUGCGGGCUACCGGUGAGUCAAUGAAGCUCCAGUUUCGUCAAGUACCGUUGGUCAGUGAUCUGUCAUUCUUUGUAGAGGACCCGCAAGUCAGUCAAACUCUAGUCUUUGUCGAGGACCCGUGAGUCAGUCAAAUUCCAGUCUUCAGGAGUACCAGACUCAGUUUGUGGGCUACCGUCAGUGAGUCAGUGAAGUUUCAGUCUUCGCCAAGUACCCUGAAUCAGUGAUACGUCAUCGUCACGCACCCGUGAGUCAGUGAAACUUGGUCUUUGUGGGCUACCAGUGAGCCAGCAAAGCUCCAGUCUUCAUCAAGUAUCUCGAGUCGGCGAAAACUGCGUAUUUGUGGAACACUUAUGAGUCAGUGAAAUUCCAGUAAUGGGCCUCAUACAGCACUUGAUGAAUUCAUGGUUCCAUUGGGAGGUGUUUCUCAAUACUUUUGCCCAUAUAGCGGUUUAGAGAUGGUCUUCUCCACUCAGAUGUCUCCAAAAACGACUUUGACCGGUUGCUUGACAUGUUGCGUAUCCGUGUUGUUUUCAAAGACCCAACAAUCAUCGCAGGUAUUUGCCAUGAAUUGACUUCAAUUCAAAAUGUUGGAAAUACAACCUGGAUACGUGAGCUCCUCUUUUAACGAGUGCAUACCUGCAACUGUAAUAUCGGAUCUGCAGCCCCACGCUCGAUACUCAUUCAUAAUUGUUCUAUUCGCUGUUAGCGGGCCACCGUGUCCAAUGGUGAGGUGUUCAGGCAAUCGUAUUUGGAAUGUGAGCUUGUGACACUUACUUGUAUGGUUUCUGGUGAUUCUGCCCCUGGUGUUAAUGAAGGUGGUCAGGGAUUUCUUUAAUAACACACUUAUUUGUAGUCAUUCCACUUGAGGGUCGAGUCAAAGCGGCCGUUUGGUCCGGUGGAGAACUAUUUUGUAUUGUAUUAGCAAACAAACUCAAGAAUCAAACGUGCCACUUUUUCCCCUGAACAUCCACAAUCACCACCCUUGCAUGCAUCAACGUAUAUUUACCCGUCACUGCUUUCUGGAUACAGAAUCAGCACAAUCGCCCCAAAAGCUGUGAGUACCUUGAGUUGGAUGCUUGACUUGGUAUCUGUUUGUACAAGAGAGACCAUCCACUUCAUUUGAUACAUGUUUAAGGUGGAGAGGAGACGAAAAAAAAGUGUUGAUCUGAGUUCAAUGUGAAUUUUCUUGCCUCUAGUGUAUAUGUGUAAUUACAUGUGAAUUGUUCUGUAAAUAUGAUAUCUUUCACUUAAUAGUUCUUAAUGCAUGAAGAAAAACAUGGCAGUUCGUAAAUACCAGCUAGCCUCACUGCUAAUGGCAUGGACCGCUUCUCUAGCAUUGGCAUACUUCUGCAAACGAAACCAAGACGAGGAAGAAAAAAAGCAAACAAAAAAAGCAUAAACGCAAGAAGUGUGAACAAAAUAAUGGAGAAAUCAACAAGUCCUCUCACAGUGAUGGAGUUUGUGGAGACUCUGUCCAGGUUCACCUGUCCCCCCAAGUGCAAAGCUCACGUUGACAGAAGGCUUUGGCUCACUGUCAGCAAAUGGGAUGGCGUCGCCUUGAAUGAAAUUUUCUCGUUGCCCCGGUCACCGACAGUAGCAGUACGAGAACAAGCAGUGUUUACCUCAGCCAUCAACCCGUCACUAGUCACCUCCGACUUUCUAUGUAUAUUUACAAAGAAGGGCAUUACGGCCAAGCUGGCUUACAGAGGCUAGAGGAGCAGGAUAUGCCUUAAGAAGGCGAGUGGGAUGUUCUUUCCUGUUCCUCAACAACAAACAAAAAAAAAAAUUGUGUGCCCUUGAGUGGGGCACUUAGCCAAGUGCCCUCAUGCAGCUGCUCCCUUGCCAACAACACAAGUGAAGUCAAUAAGUUCAGCAUCGUCAAAGAUACUUUCACUCAUUUGUGGGGUUUUGUCUUGUUGUUGCUUUAAAGGUGGAUUUAAAAACAAAAUACAUCGAAUUCUUAAGAACUUUUGGGGAAUUUUGCACGUUGUCCACAAUCCAUGCCUAUAAAGUCCUCGAGUAGGCUCCGUUUACUUCUUACAGAGAUGUGUCAACAACAAACCGGCGAUUGCUAGUUUUUGUCUGUCGAACAGGGAAACGACAAGAAUAAAUAUGCCCGUGGUCAUUAUUUCAUUCGGAACUUGCGCGACAUCAAGUGGCAUACUAAAACGCUGGCUUGCAUCAACAAGCGAUAACACAACGCGGCGUAAACACACUCAUACAGCCAGGCUAGCGUGCUCUGCUAAACCAAGCUAAGCCUGCUAGCUUCCAUUCACACUCUGGAGGAGAGGAUUUCAAAGUUUGUCAUGAGAUUCCGCCACGAUUGAGUGAUCCGCCGGUGAAAUACUGCAAAUUUCUGUGUUUUACGGUUAAGAUUCUGUUUUAUUGGCCAAUUCCUCGAUUCUGGGAGUCGCGAUGGCGACUACUUUGAGACAAAUGAGGGUGAAAAGUUGGAGCUAGGGUGUCACUACACCAGAAAAGUAGUUCUUCUGUGUGUUCUUGUAAAUUCUGAAAAUAUUUCCCAGGAAAACUAAGAGUUUUUGAAUAGCGGGAUUUCUAGGUGGAACAGGCGUGUCUCGUUACGUGCAUUAAAUAGCGGCAUCUUUUUAACUGUUUUUUAGAACGCACAGAAACAAGAAAGACGUGUUUGUGUGUCAGAUAAGGAUUGCGGAUGAGGGGCAAGAUUCCCACCCAAAAAGCGCACUUUUCCUUUAAGGCCACAAUGAAGAAUUGUAAAAUCACAAGACAACAAUUCAACAAUGAAAAUGGUCUUUUCUUAGUGUAAUCUAGUACAUGACUCACUUCUGCUUCGGUGGUCCAGUAAUUCCAAUAAAAGCGUGUAGGUCCGUUUGCACGAUCAUGUGCCAAACUUUGACUAUUGUGUUGUUUUUCAUGGCUAAAAUCCUUGCAAGUGCUUCUCAUGCGACCUUCAUGAUAGUCAAGCAGCAACUUCAGUGCCAUACAGUUAUCGUCGUACCACUGCAAUCUUUUCCAAUUCACUACUUUGUCUAAAAUAAACCAGAGAAGUACAAGAGAAUUUUCAAAUGCGUGAUACAGUAAUCCCUCGUUUAUUGCGAUUAUCAGUUCUGACUGUGAUAAGUGAAUUUCUGCAAAGUAGUUUCCUUUCAUAGAGCAUAGAGAAGAUGUUUACCGCCUGCUAAAUAUGUUUUUUCACAUUAUGAGAGCCCUGCAGAUAUGAACUAACACCCCGAUAGUCACCUUUACACUCCUAUUACCCAAUACGUGGACAUAAUAAGAGAAAAUAAGACACGAUGUAAUAGAUGCACAUGUGUUAUCUUUGGGAGACAUCCUGCUUGGUAAUGGUAAUGGUUUUAUUUCAUUUGAACAUGCAUCAGAUUACAAUUGAAUGCAUCACAUAAUCAGUUCACAGUUCCACAUGUCCAAAAGGAGUAGGAAGAAGCAAAGCUUAUUAAAUCCUACCCCUCCAUCUGGUACUUUUACAAUGUAACAACUUUUACAAUGUAACAACUGUUACAUUUGUUCACUUCCUGCUUUCCAUAAUACAGUUUAAGGUUUUUUUUGUUUUUUUUGGCUAUUGUCUCAUUAAUGUAACAUUACUGACACCUAAUGACUAGUGUAGAAUAUUGCAUAUUAUCUUUGAAUACAUCUUCUGAAAGCCUUAUAUUUGUAUUUUACCUCCUUUUUUCCCAUUUUGGGGUAUUGCAUCUCUUUUGACUGCUAACAGGCCGUAUUCAACCCCAAAACAGAUUUAUCCAUGACUACUGUAUAUCUUGAAAUAUCAGUGAUAAAGUCGCUAAGUGGCGAGGGAUUACUGUAAAUAAGUAAGUACAGGUGGUCCUCGGGUUACGAACCAGUUCAGUUCCUCGACUCACAAGUCAUGUUAAGUCAAAUUUAUAAGUCUCAACUUAACCGAGAUUACCUAAAUGAACACAGAGAAUGUAUAAAAUACAAAAAGACAAGUCUGGAAGGAUAAUCUGGAUAAUGUAAACAAGGAUAAUGUAGCAGUGCAUGGAAUCUAUGACUCCUCGCGUUCAUUCAUCUUAUCCUUGAUGAUGGUCACUACGUCGACCUGCAGAUCUUUUCCACGGUGAUGGCUUCCUUCGCCCCUUAGGAGACACCAUACAGUUCGAAAAAGUUAACUGCCGAUGUUAUUCGUCCUCAAAUUGGCUGCAGAACAAAAUGACAACCAAAACAUGUGAGGUCGUAAUCCGGGGCCCACCUGCGGUCGCUAAAAAGUCGUGGGAAAGAGCGCCACGUUAAAACGAGCAUGGAUCCCAACCAUGCAAGAAAAUUUCAUCCACCAAAGCCCAGACCAAGGCUGACAGACUUCUCACUGUUGGAAGAACUUCUGUUGGUGCAUUCAUUAUUUUGUGUACACCCAGGUUUUGUUUUUGCAUGACCUGAGCUCUGGAAGGUUUAUUUUCCUAUUCCUGUUUUUUUACUCGGCAUCACACGAUUCAUCACCACAGCCAGGAUAAGAAAGAUCCAGUGUUUACAUGUUCCAAUUGCACUUGUUUUACAGCCAGCUAUAUAUAUAUAUAUACAUAUAUAUAUACAAAAAUAUGAUUAAACCUUUCAUAAUAAAAACAAAUAACUAAGAAAAUGUAAACAUGGAAUGUACAUGUUGGGAUUUGUGUGAAUCACAAAGGUGUUGUACAUCACACGAUUCGUUUCAUCAGGUUCAGCUUCCACAUCAGUCGCCCAUCAGCUACAGGAUAAGGAUGUAAAGGAUGCGGCGUCUGCGGCGUCUGCAGCGUCGGACAUAAGCCAUGCGAUGGCACCGUGAGUGGCUGUCGGCUGUAUUCCUCUGGUUAUUGUUAUUACGCUCUGUCGUUGAUUGCCGUGUGACCAUACUCGCAAGAAGCUUCCCGGUUACACAUCCGUGUGCCUCCCUCUGUGAACGUCGCCCACCGGGGAGACCGCUUCAACGCUCUUGGGAAAAAUUGGCAAAGAAAACUCACACACGCAAAACAAUCCACCAAACCAACAGGUUUCUUUUUGGAAUAUCCAUUGGAAAUAUGAUUUGCUUCAUUCUUGUGUUCCUUUCUGAUUUGCCGUAUCUGUUAUGGAUUGUUAUUCUUGUUGUUGUUGUUUUUCUCAUAAGAAGGAAAAUGUAUUUCACCUGAUGUAACUGGCACUGGAAGAAAAAAUAGCCUUUUUCGUAUCGUAAUUCUUUCUGUUCACAUCAGAGCGCUUAUUUGAUUGGGUUGUUUAAUGAGGUGUUUGAUUUCGUUUGGAGUAUCGGUACCCAUGGAAAUCAACAUUUGUGUGCUAUGAACUUGUGUUCUUUCUUUCGUUCUUUUUGUCAGUGCAAAUUAAUGUUUAUGGUGUCAAUCCGCUUUUUUAGGUGUUUGAAGAAAAAGUGUUUUUUUUACAAAUACAAGGUGUUCAAGUAUGUGGUAUAAAAAAGGGUUAUCAUUCAAACAACAGACUUUUUACAAAUAAAGGCUUAU